UCCGGUGGCACUAGGCGCUAGGACCCAGGGGGCCGGUGUGGCGGCGGGCGACGCCGGGAGCCGGCGGGACGGAGCACGGCGCGGCGGGCUGGGGUCGCUGCUGGAGACUGAGACUGAGCCCCGCGAUGCCGAGCAAGAAAAAGAAAUACAAUGCGCGCUUCCCGCCGGCCCGGAUCAAGAAGAUCAUGCAGACGGAUGAGGAGAUUGGGAAGGUGGCCGCUGCCGUCCCUGUCAUUAUAUCCCGGGCGCUGGAGCUCUUCCUGGAGUCGCUCCUCAGGAAGGCCUGUCAGGUGACACAGUCCAGAAAUGCCAAGACCAUGACCACCUCCCACCUGGGCCGGAAGCCGGGCAGUGGGCGGAAGAAUGGCGGCACUGGCAGCAAAGGAAAGGACCCGAAGCAGUCAGGCACGGACUCCGAGCAGGAGGAGGAGUCUGAGGACAGCGAGACUGAUGGGGAGGAGGAGACGUCCCAGUCCACGCCCCCCAGCCGCCCCACCACCCACUUCCCCAGCUCUCCGGCACCAUAUUUGCACUUCACCUGCCCCCCACAGUCCACCAUGGCCAUGCCUGUCUCCGUGCCCCCAGCCCUGCCUGCCAUGAUGCCCUCUGCGCCAGCACCCCCCGCCCCAGCACAGGACGAGGAAGAGGAAGAUUAUGACUCGUAGCCCCAUUUCCUUUUAGUUUGUUUUAGUUGCUGCAUUCUGGGGGGAGGGGGUGGUUCUUAAAUUUAUUAAAAAAAGAGAGAAAAGCAUUUUACCUCCAUGUGGUUUGUUUUUAUUGUGCCCCUGGGUUGGGGUCGAACCCUUGAUUUUCAGAGCCCAGAUCACCUCGUCCCUCCCUACCGUGUCGUCCCUCUCUGUGGCACCUUCCCCAACAGACAGCAUGUGACUGAGCCAAACCAGUGAUUAGCUGCACGUGUCUCCAGAGAUGGGAAAUGGGGACAAAACAGCCACCCCAGCUUGUGAGACCUCCCCCCGCUUUCAUCAUGGCUCGAUUUCUCCCUCCUCGGCCCUAAGGAAUCAGGGGUUGUCUUUCCCAGAGCGCGUAGGGCUAGCGCUUACAUUGGUGUUAUGGGUGUCAUCCAGGCUUCGUCUAGGACAUUCAGUUCCAUUUCAGGCCUCGGUUUUGUCAGUCUGUCAAAUCAUGGGGCUCUCUGGUGUUGGGUAAGAUUUUUUUUAAGUGGUGCCCUCAGCUCUGCCCCCACCCAGCAACCCUGGUUCUUGGUGGGGGGGAGGGGGUUGGGCUCCAUUUUUCUUAGAAGCAGGAUAUUUGGUUCCACCCCAGCCCUGGUUUGGUGUCCCCCUUUUUGCUGCCCCCAGCACUGCUCUCAGUUCAUGGGGUGGGGGCCCACAAUGAAUUGCACAAGCAGCUUCUCCCUCGGCCCCCCGUCACUGCAUGUGAAAUUCACUCGGAUCUGAUGAUUGGUUUGGGAUGAAUCUGAAGUAGGGGGAUAUAAUUAGAGUGGGGGAAGGAGUCCCCCCACAUGAAAGGACUCAGUGUCUCUGGGCAUGUCUAUCCUGGGCUUAACUUAUCUGCCACUGGAAGAUGGUCCUGUGGUUUCACCCAUCAGAAUCCCCCCACCCCCGGGACGGGGACAGGGAAUCUGUGAGAUAUGGGGCUUUUAAGCACUCUCUUUAACAAUGAAUGUCCCAGGUGCUGUAUGUUCUCAGUCCUUCAUGCCAUUUGCAUGUCCCCCUCGAAGUGAGGCUGGGGGCCAGGACUCUUGGGAAGGGAGUGGGAUCUAAUCAUUAGAACAGGGAAGUGCUGGGAGCCAGGACUCCUGGGUUCUUUUCCCCUCUGCCUCCCUGUCCUUUCUCUCCCUGGCUAUUUAGCGGAUUCAGUCUCCAUUCUUUUCUUGUUGAUAAACCCCAGGGCUCCAUCACCCCACCCCUGUGCAGUGUAGUCCUAUGGUUCCUAAGAGGCAGGAAUUUCCACAGCGCUUUUUCACACUGAUCUGUCUUGUUGGGAAUGGGUUGUUUCCAUGUGGGGGAUGGGUCCUGGCAUCCCUUCAGGGCAGGGGUGCUUUAAGCUAUCUUGGGAUGGGGGAAACAGGGACGAAGGGUUAAACGCUGUCUGGCUUGUGGCCGCCUUGAGAGCUGGGAUGCUGCAACUUUUAACGCGUUCAUUUGAUUUUUUGUAUUGACUCAAUAAAGUUCUGAUUUC